GAUUAUGUCACAAACUCGCAUGGCUGCAGUUGUUGUGACCCCAAGGUGCAGGAACCAGGAGGAUAAAGAUAAGGUGGGUCGCGACAAGAUGUUGCGUUAUCUACUCAAGACCCUGCUGCAGAUGAACCUGUUCACCGACACCGUCCAGAACCCAGGCAACAGCACGGAUGUGUUCUUCAACACCUCCCUGCCGUCCUUCAACAGCUCCCUACUUGACUGGGGAAACUUCACCGGCUUCAAUGCUUCAAACAGUGGCUGAAUAACAUCAGGAGGCGCUCAGCGGCUCAAGCACAGCUCAGCAGUCUAGCUGGGUGCCCAAUUACUAUCAGAGGUAUUUUCAACCUCCAUCGGCUUGAACCCACUCCUUUCCAACCAGCACAGACUCGCUGUAUCCUUGGAAGAUACAAAACUGACUUUCUGUCGAAAGCCCCAAUCUGGUGGGAGAGAGCGCAGGGUCGCAUGCCAAAAUGCUGAUGGACGUUUUUUUAACACAAAAAAGAAUCAAUUUCUGAAUUGUGCACUGAUUUUGUGAUUAUGAAGAUGUAUCAGAGAGUUACACUGAAAAGAAGAACCAUCAAAUGCAAAAAUGUAAUCAUAGGAUUCAAUUAAAAAAGGU